GCUCCUGGAGGGGUGCUCGGCAGGGAGGGGGCAGAUGCUGCACCUUGCAGAGGUUGGGGUGACCAGGAAUCUGGGGGGGGGGGGCAGCCGCUGCCCACUGCCUGGCUCGAGGGGGCUAGAGGAGCUGAGCUCUGGGACGGAAGCCCGAGCGGGUCCCUGGCUACUGUCCCCCCCCCACCACCAAUGGCCCGCAUUCGAAGCUGGACAUUCUAUUCUGUCCGUGUCACAGAGGCACGGGGUCCUUCUCCCUGCCCUGAAAAGUUGAUGGGUGACAUUCCUGCUUGCCCCAUGAGGACAGGAGUCCAGAGAGGGCGACAAACCCUCCCAGAGAGAGCCACACAGCAGGUCAAGGCCGGGCAAGAAGACCAAGACCGCCCCUCUUGCCCGGGUCCCUGCACCCCCACCAACGCCACGGAGCCCUCCUGACUCCCGCGUGGGCCCGCCCGCGCACGCCCCCUGGAGUCCUCCUCCCGCCCACGCACGCCCCCAACUCUGACCUUCAGCAUGAGCAGCCCCCCGCCGCCCACAGAGACCCCCGCACCUGACGCCCCCACCUGGCCGACUCAGCCGACCUACGGCAACCUCGGUGAGGUCCGCGCCCACCUGCUGCCCUCCAAGGCCUGCCGGCCCCCCCGGAAAUCUGGGCCCCCCUCGGCUGACCCGCAGCCCCUGCCCCCACCCCUGCCCAAGAAGACCCUGUCCAGGACCCAGUCUCUGCCCAGCCACAGGGCCGCCAGCCGCAGCCCUGCUCCGGAAAGGCAGCCCCGGAGGCCCUUUGUGGGGUCCCACAGUGUGGACGAGCGCCAGGCGGAUGACGGCCAAGCUCGGCCAGCCUGUCCCCUUGCAGAGACGCCCUUCGGCUCCCUCGACACCUCACUGGGCCUCUCCUGGCACGACCUGAGUUGCCCCGAGGCCACGCGCGCCGUCCUGGAGGCCCGGCAGCUGGAGGGUCUCCGCACUGUGCACUCCCGGCUCGAGGCCCGGCUCCUGGGGGGCCACCCGGGCCCCUGCCACCCCGGCCACGACUUCCGCCUCCUGGACAGCUCGCCCUACGUGGAGAGUGGGGACGCCCUCUACUACCGCAUGGUGCGGGUGGGCGACGAGUCGUGGCACCUCCUGGCGGCCAAGGUGUCCAAGUCGGGAGCGGAGGAGCCUCGCCCGUGGGGCCUGGAGCUGCAGGCCUCACUGCCCCCACACUUCAACCUCCAGGGGCUGUGCGGCCUGGUGCCCGAGGGCGCACUGCCCGGGGUGCCCUGGCCGGGCCCCGUGGUGCUGGCGGCCGAGGUGCCGGAGCGCACGCUGACCCAGUGGCUGGCAGAGGUGGGCACGCGGCGGCGGCCGGCGGAGUUGGCCUGGGCGGCGGCCCUGCUCCUGCUGCAGCUGAGCGCGGCCCUGGAGCAGCUGGAGGCGCGCGGCGCGGCCCUGGCGGAGCUGCGGCCGGAGAACCUGCUGCUGGCGGCGCCCCGGGGCUGUGCGGCCGCCGGGCCCCCGCGCCUGCUGCUGGCCGACUUCGGCCGCGUCCGCCCGCGGCCGCCGGGAGCCCCGGGCGCCCACGCGCCGCAGCUGGGCCGCCUGCUCCGCACGCUCCUCGGCCUCGCCGCGCCCUCAGCCACGCCCUUGGCCCACGGCCUGGAGACUCUGGCGGCCCGGCUGGCCCGCUCCCGGCCCUCGGCGGCCCAGACGCGCGGCGCGCUGCAGGCGCUGCUCUGGGGGCCCGGGCCCGAGCUGCACCGCCAGGGGGCGCUGCUGGGGCCCUGGCUGCAGGUGCGCCGCGCGCUGCUGGUCCUGCACCUGGCCGAGCGGGCCUCGGGUGGGGAACUGCCCGGCCUGGAGGACUGGCUGUGCUGUGAGUACCUGGCCGAGGCCACCGAGGCCUCGCUGAGCCACGCCCUGGCACUGCUGUGGGACUGACGCCUCCAGGGGCCGCGUGCCUGUCUGUUCCGGGGGGGGGGGGGGGGGGGCAGGCACACAGGGGACCUGGGCCGGAAGGCCAGGCGACAGUGAGGGAAUGUGGACGCCUCUUCUGGGGUGCCUGCCCCCUGCCGUGCUGGGGACUUAGGCCCAAGUCGUCCCCAGGAAGGCAGGGGGCUAAUGGCCGGCGCCUCCCGAAGCUUCCUGAUGCCGGACGGCCCAGCCCUCCCCCAGCUGUGAACACUCCCUAUCAACCGUCUCUGUGAGAGGGUGGGACCCCUCCGCCCACCUCCCGGCAGAGGCGAGGAGGAUGCCCUUCUAGUGCUGGAGUCUGAUGGUCACUGUCUUCAUGAGAAGGUGCCCACGGUCCCUCCGACACCGGUAGCAGAGGCAUCUCUGACCCUGGAGCACCCCCUUGUGCUGAGGACGGCCAGUGAUCCUGAGUGUGAACGUCCCUGUCAAGAAUGGCUUAAAAAAAAAAAAAAAAAAAAGAAUGGCUUGGGGUCUCCAGGGGGGAGGGAAAGCUCCCCAGAACCUGAGACACCAGCCCACCCGGCAGAGCCCCCCCCAGAAGAGUCUGAACUCACCUGCCCCAAUGCCACCCUGCCAGUCUCUGCACCCGCCUUGGCCCCCUCCCCGGUGCUCCGUGAAAUUAAAUUUUGUCCAGCCACCAA